CCCUCGGGUCAUGCAGCUCCUCUUCGCGUCUCAUCGCCGGUGAAACGUCUGACGCUCGGUCUCUGGCGCGUUUCGCUCGCACGAUCGCGCGUGUUUGUGCACGCGCCCGGGUCCUACGUCCGUUCUGUCACGCCGUGUGCGCUCCCGUAAGCCUGAAUGUUUUCCUUUAUUCGAGCACUGCGCAUGAGUGCUCGGGUAAAAGUUCCAGGCCCCGCUAUCCGGUAGGUUGUUCAGCACAAGGGUGCAGAAGCCUGGAGAAUUCGUUUAAGUGGAACUAGCGUCGUGUAGCUUAUGCGUAGGCAACGACAAUGACAAUGACGCCAUUUCAAGGGAUAUACAGGUAGUCAUUCGAUACCUCCACUUCUUGUACAUUUUUUAUUUCUUUCUGACGUAGUAUUCUGGUCGCAGUUCGUGCCGUUGGCAUGCAGAACAGGCGGCCGGCACUCGCUUCCGAAGCGGAGGCAGGACAUCGUCCUUGUUUUGUAUCUCUUACCCGCGUGUUUGUCGAAGCAUUGCGCCCAUUAUGCAGAUCUAUCUCGGAUUAUGAUGUUAUGUCGACGAGAGCGUCGAAGAAGAACGCCGUCGUGAGUGGACAUACUCCUGGAUACGCUCUGGCUGCCGUGAGUAAGCCAUCCUACGCUGCAAGUGCUUUGCAAAAGCCGAAUCGUCUACGCCGUUUUCCGUUGCCUAGUGUGCGUACUGCAUUAACUUGCAAAUAUCCGCGCACAGUGUUUAGACCAUUCUAUUCGAAAAUCUGUUUUUUGUCUGACAUCCUACUAUGGCUAUAGGAGGUUGGCUGGGUGGAGGUGAGGCAACGUCCUUGCUCCGUGCGUACCUAGAGACUUCUGGAGAUGCGUCCACCACGAUGACGGGUAGAACGGAAACAUCAAAUCAUUUGAACGGUGAGCGGAAGCGCUGCCAUCUAGACUCAUUGAGCAAAGUUCGCCGUAGCAAACCAGCACGCGGUGCACGCAUGGUGCGUUUGUUGACCGGCUCGCUGAGCGCCAUGUGCGCUUCCGCAGUUGCAAGGACACGUGACUACCUUGAACAUCAUUCGGGUCCCGAACUCGGUUCGAGUUCAGGUCCAGCAGAGGAGCAGCGGCGGACAUGACCCCGCUGCCGUCGACACCACCAUCCGCAGCAAGACCAGCAAAAGCAGCGUGACGGUGCCGGCGCAAAAGUACCGACGUGCAUCGACUACGGUUUUAGACGGAAGUGGUGUGCGACCAGUGCCGCGUGGAUACCCGCUAUGUGUGCCGGUGUUGUGGCUGUGCUGUGUUACGUCAACUCGCUGGAUGGAGAUUUCGUGCACGACGACAUGGUGGCGGUGGUGGGGAACCCAGACGUCACCGGUGAGAACAGGCGACUCGCGUUGUUGUCAUCGUCGUCAUCGCUUUGGAUGAAUGACUUCUGGGGGCGACCGAUGGCCGAUCCCCGGAGUCACAAGUCAUACCGGCCCCUCACAGUGCUCAGCUUCAGAGCCAACUACUACGCAAAUGGACGCCAGGUGCGCGGCUCCCACGUGGUCAAUGUAGCUCUGCACUGCGCAUGCUCAGUGCUGGUGGCCGUCGUCGCACGCUGCGUCAUGCGGAUAAGUGCCCUCCAUGCGUGCUUCGCAGCGACGCUCUUCGCUGCACAUCCUGUGCACACUGAGGCGGUGUCCAGUAUAGUGGGCCGAGCCGAAGUGCUGUGCUGUUUCUUCUUUCUGCUGUCGUUCCUCUGCUACCACUGCUGCCAAGUUUCCAGUGACGGCAAAGGAGGUUGUGGAAGGACGAGCUGGCUGGGAGCCUGUGGUCUACUCUCUGUAUGUGCACUGCUCUCCAAGGAGCAGGGCAUCACCGUGCUACCGCUGUGCAUGGCCCUGAGAAUACGCGCAUUGCUCGCUGAUUCUACGCGUCCAGAACGACAGACGCAAGGCUUCGAAACUCGCCGACGAUGCUGGCCAAUCUGCAGGCACUGCAUACGACAAAUUGCCUACCGAUGCUUCUUGGAUCGUGACCUUGCUGCUCUCGCAACAUUGACGGCUUUACUCCUGUGCUUGAGGCUAUGGAUUCUACAGGGAAGCUUCCCCGAAUUCACCGCGAUGGACAACCCUGCGUCAUUCUCGCCAAUGCGCCUUACCAGGCUGCUGACUUAUAGCUACCUGUGCGCCUUCAACGCCUGGCUCGUCUUGUGUCCACGUACCCUGUCUUACGAUUGGCAGAUGGGCAGCAUACCUCUCGUGACGCCACCGUUUGAUUUAAGGAAUCUGGCAACACUGGCAAUACUUCUUUUGCUAGCAGUUCUCGCAUGGCGGGCCUUAAUUUCAUCGCAACACAAAGGCAGCACUGCUGGUGGAUCAAGACAGCAGUGCUGCUACUACAGAACUCCAGAGCAACUGCAAGAGCCUUCUUCGGGACUACUAGUGGCACUGCUUCUUACUGUGCUGCCCUUCCUUCCGGCGUCCAACCUCUUUGUGACAGUAGGCUUCGUUGUCGCCGAAAGAGUUCUCUACAUUCCCAGCAUCGGAGUUACACUGCUCGUGGCCGAAGGAUUGUGCCGCCUCCACACGCGGUGCUCUCGAGCGAUGAGGUGGUGCACCGCGAGCUCCUGCUUCAUUCUAGUGCUGCUCUUUGCUGCCCGUACUUGGAGCAGGAACGGCGUGUGGGCCUCUAGAGAAGCCCUGUUCGAAUCGGGCAUCAGGGACCUUCCACGUAACGCAAAGAUGCAUUACAACUACGCAAAUCUGCAGAAAGACAUCGGGAACUCUGACCUAGCAGUCAAGCACUACAGGCUGGCGAUCGAGUUGUGGCCAGAGCAUGCCAGCGCGCACAAUAACUUGGGCACUGUGCUGACGUCGACGGAAGAGUCGGAACAUCACUUCCGGUACGCUUUGCGCGUCAAUCCAAAUCAUCCAGGGGCUCAUUUUAACCUCGCCAAUAUCUACAGCAAGCAAGGCCAAAAGGAGGUUGCCCGGACUCUGCUGGAGCGUGCGGUAGAGCUGGAGCCCGAUUUCUGCGAGGCCUACUCGUCCCUAGCAGCGCUCGCCGCCGAAAGGGGAGACCUGGCUGAAGCCGAGAGGCUGCACCAGAUGGCGCUAACGAGCGACGACCGAAAUGCCGACGCCCGGAACAACUACGGAACAUUCCUUCAGUCACAAGGGCGUACGGAAGAAGCCAUGACACAGUACCAGCAAGCUCUCGACCUUCAGCAAAAUCACACCGUGGCCCUCCUUAACGCAGCUAGAAGCCUUCGGAGCAUGAACCUCAACAUGCAGGCCGAGAGUCUCUACAAGAGAGCCCUUGCAGUUGAGCCAGACCCUCAGGUGAUGGACAACCUCGCCGUCUUCUACGUCACUGCUGGUCGCCUGGACGAAGCAAGGCAGCUCUUCGAAGAAAUUAAUCGGCUCUUUCCUGAACACCGCGACAGCAACGUUCAUCAUGCUCAGCUCCUCAUUCGCCUCCGAAGCUUCCGAGUGGCCGAAGAGCUUCUUGUAGACGUCAUCGAGAAUAACAGCACUGACAGAGCGGCCUUGCACACGGCUGCGCUUUUGUACAACCACAUCAACCGCACAGUCGAGGCACUGGACUACGUACUGAAGGCUCUAAAGCUCUGCAACGUUGAUGACCUGCUGUGUGCUAGAAUACACAGUGAUCAUGGUGACAUACUGAAGGACUUAGGGGACCUCAGCUCUUCAGCACAGAGUUACGAAGUCGCUAUUCGUCUUGAUCCCAAUCUCGCUCAUGCACAUCUGAAUCUCGCCGUGAUAAGGCACUUAGAGAACGACUACCCUGGCGCUUUCCGACACUACCAAGUGGCCCUGUCUCUCGAUCCAAACAACAAACUCAUCAUGGACAACAUGGCCAAAUUAAGGCGGCGAAUUACUAGGCCACUGCCGUUCCACGAGUGCGUUUAGAGUGGUUGUAUUGGCUAAAUGCAUUUACUGUGCUGCUGUUUUUUGUAUAGAGAUAAUUUUUGUUUUUACUCUACAUGUUCUGGCUGGAUUGAAACUGUACCGCUUUUUACGUCUUGCAACUCUGUCAUUGUAAACGCGGACGCCCGGUAGAGGAAAUCGAAGGGUGGUGCAUCAAUAUGAGGGCUCGUUAUGAACGAUUCUACAAUUUUUACUUCAUAUUUUACACAAGUUAAGCUUUAGAGCAUCCUGGUCAUUCACAGAGAGUUGCUAAAGCCACAUCCAAAUAUGAUACAUACUUCGCAAUUUUAUGUCACUGAUGGGAACGCUAAUAACUGUCCAAAAGUAUUCGCGGAAACCGUGUAAAAUCUGUCGGCUGCAAAUAGCCAAAAGCAGGGCCUGUUCCAUACACUCCUUCUCAUAUGUGCAUGGUGUACUUGUGAAACCACCAUACCAUGUUGCUGUGCUGUGCCAUUUUCGCAAUUUACUUGGUUUUGCAAUCGGUCUGACACACGAUUCCUAGAUAUGUUAUUGUUUAACGUACAUUUUCUACGGUCAUUUAUUUUGUGGGGAAGGAUAUUACUCUGCAAUACUUUCGUCCAAGUCCAACAAGCCAACAGCGAAUGUGAAUGAAAACGAAUGAACACCGUGAUACUGUGUCAUAUUUUCUUUCAUUACGCAUUUCCAGCACACCAAUAAUUUAACUAAUGAAAUUUGCUUGUGCAUUGGUUCAUGUUUGUCAUCCUGUUUAAUUUCACCUUUCCUUGCCACAAGCUACGUUGAUUCCUGUAAAAAGGAAUACGAUUCCUUCGAGUGGUGGCAUAAGACUAUGCAACGACGUGCCUAGAUUUCCGACCCUCAUGUUAGUAAGAGCGACACUGGAGCGCUACUCUCUCAAAGUGUGACCGAUUUGCUCAGAUGCGUUGCCGUGUGACUGGACGCUUCAACAUUGAGCGGUGUAUAGAUGACAUUCCACUACGAUGACAUUCACAUAGAAAUGUCACCAUAGAGUCAGAAAAGGCUUACUUUUUACGUGGCUGGUUGAAGAAAUGAAUGAUUGCUCAAGUUCAACCUUGUGAUAUAACACAGAGGAAAAAAAGAGCAAAUAAGCAUCCUUAGUGUAUGUCAACAGUUCUGGACGCCAUCUUUCUGCCGUUGCUUUGAAAUUGUAAUGCGUGUUGCUUCAUUCGCGUAACUUCGUGCACUCGUGCCCCUUGUGUAAAGCAAACAGGCUUUGCAGGAUCGAAUCUCAGUUAUAACAAGCUGUUCUCCGAUGCUUACUUCUUAACGAAAAUCUUGAUGGUGGUCUCUGUGUACUGUAGGCGUUCAUCGUACCCAAAAUAUUUACCGCAUUGGACAUGUUGCCUUCCUUCCACUAUAGCUGCACAGCGGCGUCUCGAUUGCGAGAUGAGCUUGCAAGAGCUGGUACUCAUGUCGCCUUACUUACCCAGAGCCUUGCACGGGUAGCCCCUCUUUCGGAAGAGUGUUUCACUGUGUGAAUAAUUUGUCAAUUGUCGCGAAUGCUAAGUGUACAUCGAUAUUGUUGCUUGCUGACGUGGAAUCAUCUCAACCUAAGCUGCGUGUUUAUAGCCCACAAACAAUGGUGUCAUCGAGACCUUGGAAGUUUGCAUGGUGUCGUGUCUUCGACAGAAGUCAUAGUUUUCUUACCAUCGAAAAGGUGAAGCUUCGUUUGGAAGAGUUAUUUUUUUUUAUAUCCUGCUGAAUUGGAAUGGACAGUGUCUUCGCCCCGUACGUAUGCUUGUCUGUCUUCAUGUAUAAGAGUGUCAUUGCUGGAGUUAUCGUUUCACAUGUGUGCGGCUGAGUGUUGUUUGCGCGUAAACAAGUUUUGAAAGAAAAUGCGAGGCCUUCACGAAAACACUGUGUCGUGUGGUUACUCGAGUGCUCGGGUACUUUGUUUCGUUUCAUUACAACUAGAGAUACGCUACAGCUCUUUCACUUGACUCAUGCUUUUUUACUGCAGAAUCAGCUUUUCUCCCGGUCUCCCGCAUUUUCCCGCAUUCUCUCGUAUUUUGCUGCAUUUUCCCACAAAAACCGCAUUUUUUCGUUUCCCAAAAAGAUACGUAAUCGCUCAACAUGGCUCAACACAGGACAAGACGCAUAACGAGUCAGCGUGAACGUAUAGUGGUCUGUAAUAACCUUACAGCUUCACCGCUCACCGGCUCUCUUCUGUAUGUAAUCAUGGAACCAAAACGACAAACACUACUGCGCUAAAACCUGAAUCCGAGCUAGUUGGUAAAGCCACAUGUUUGAAACUAAACAGCGUAUACAGGACAAGACAGUAGACAGGACGAGUGACAGGACGAGUGAUUCCUUUCUAUGAACUGACGAACCGCGUAGCGUGCCUCUAACAAAGCAUUAUAUUCCGAGGUGUUUACGGGUCACAAACCACAAUAUUAGAGGCGAAAAUGUACGGAGCCGCCAUCUGUCGGAAGCGCCUCGCUUGCGUAGUAUGAGGCAUAACGCGCGGCGCGCUCCUCAUAGGGUCGGCUGUCGGCGCUCAAUAAAAACACCAUGCGGGAGCCCUCGUGGACAUUUCCGUAAGUACUCUCGAAACGAGGGAUGUUUUUUAUCAUCAACGUUAUGAUCUUGGACAAACAGAAAGCAGAGUGUGGUUUACAUACGUUAUCUCUUUACCGAAUACGUACAGUGAAAGCCCAUGGCACGCUGUCGCCACGAUGGAGCCCCCCGAAUCGGUUCCUUUCGUGAAAGGUAGGCAGCCGUUGGGAGCAAACUAUGUAAAAUACGUUCUCAUAGUGAGCUGUCUGUAUACCCAAAUGCAGCAUAAAUAAUGAAGCCUCAAUGCAGCGAUCGCACGAGUUCGCAGCGACCGACUGCGCGUCUGCAUGCAUGUCCACGCACAAUGUUUCGCUUCCUGCCGUGAGCUUUAGGCCGC